AUGGGAAAGAAAGUAUGGCAAAAUCAGACAACUGUAUCCGAAUUCAUACUCUUAGGAUUUGGCGAUCUCCCUAAAGUGCAUGUUCUUCUCUUCCUGCUCUUCUUAGUGGUCUACUUGGUGACCAUGGCUGGGAACCUCCUCAUUGUUGUACUGGUUGUGGCAGAUCAACACCUUCACACCCCCAUGUACUUCUUCCUAGGAAAUCUGUCCUUCUUGGAAUCCUGCUACAGCUCUACCAUCCUGCCUAAAAUGUUGUCAAGCCUCUUGACUGGGGAAAAAAGAAUAUCUAUAAAAGCCUGUUUUUUGCAAUUUUUCAUUUUUUCUUGCCUGGCAGGUGCUGAAUGCUACCUCCUAGCCAUGAUGUCUUACGACAGGUACUUAGCAAUAUGUAAACCACUCCAUUAUGCUACACUUAUGAACAGCCGGCUGAGCUUCCAGUUAGCAGCUGUAUCUUGGGUUUGUGGAAUUUUGGUCAGCAUAAGUUUACUUUUGAAAGUGUCAUGGUUAUCCUUCUGUGGCCCCAAUGAAAUCGAUCAUUACUUUUGUGACUCACCCCCAAUAAUUAACCUCUCCUGCAGUGACACCCUCUUGGUAGAACUGAUUGCCUUAAUAUUUGCUUGUGUGUUCACUCUGCCUCCCUUUCUACUCACCUUGACAUCCUAUGUUUACAUCAUUGUUACAAUUCUUAAAAUCCCAUCCACCACUGGGAGGCAAAAAGCCUUCUCCACUUGUUCCUCUCACCUCACUGUGGUUGCCUUGUAUUAUGGAACACUGAUGCUUGUCUACAUGCUACCACGAUCAAAGGACAUUAGUCAUUUGAAGAAAGUCUUCUCUCUCUUCUACACUGUCCUGACUCCCAUGGUCAAUCCCCUCAUAUACAGUCUGAGAAACAUGGAAGUGAAAGAGUCCAUGAGAAAGAGCUUCAGGAGAUGUAUAUUCUAUAGUACAUCAUGA